AUGACGUAUCUGCACGUGCAGGUCCCUGUGGGGCUCCGCGCGGCUCAUCCAGGCUCCAUCUUUUCUGCCAUCGGCGGCGCCAUUAACUCCAUCAUCUCCGCCAUUGCGGGCAUCCUCGAGACCAUCGUGUCCGUCAUCGUCACCAUCAUCGUGACGAUAUUUGACGUCAUCUUUGACAUCCUCUGCUGCCGCUGCUUCUCCAGCAACCGGCGUGCGGGUCGUCGCAGUGGUCGUUCCGGCUUCGGUCGUAGUCGGAGAGGAAUGGGCUCUGGUACUUACUGA